AUGAGAUCCAAUAUGCUUUUACAUGUUACAGUUCUAAUUACAGUUCUGGAACAAGUGCAAUAUGGUAGCUCAUAUAAUGUUACAGUUCUUCAUCUAAUAUGGGAUUUGGAUUUGAAUUUUCUGUUUUACUUAUUGCUACUGAUUUCCUUAAGAUUGGUUGUUGAUGGAAAUGUUGAGGUUGUGAUUAUGGAUUCUUCUAAUGCAUCAAAUUCAAAUAUGGCAAACACUACCUGUGAUUUAUUGCCCUCUUCUUCGGCUACUCAAACUAAAGAUCCAGCAUGGGAAUGGGGUGAACGCCAAGACCUAGCAAAUCAAAAUAUAAUUACUUGUUUGUUAUGUAAGAAAUUAAUUCGUGGUGGUGGAAUUACUAGGCUUAAGGAGCAUCUUUUACAUAUCAAAGGGAAUGUUUCUUCAUGUCCAAAUGUGUCCAUUGAUAUUAUGAACAAAGUUGGUCUGGUGAAUUCUGUAAAGAGGACCAAAAAAGCUCAUAAGGAUAACAUUGAUUUAGCGUAUCGGCGUGCAAACAACUCAGAUGAAGCCUCUGAUGCUGAUACCGAUGUUGAAGAACAAGAAGUUGAAAUUGAUGGCAAUAUGGGCAGUCGUGGUGCUGGUGCUAGUGCUGGUGCUAGUGCUAGUCAACUAGUUUCCCAGAAUCAGACAAAGAGAAAGAGGAUAAGCCAAAGUAAUAGUAGAGGUCCAAUUGAUUUAUAUAUGAAGACAGACCACCAAAAAACUCAACAGGCCACUCUUGAAAGAGACUCAGCUGUGAAAGAGAAGUUAAUGAAGACUGCAUGGAAAUGCAUUUCAGCUUGGAUGACUGAGAAUUCAGUAUCAUUUAACACUGUUCGUUGCCCAAGUUUCAAAGAAAUGAUAUAUGCAAUAAACGACUAUGGGAAAGCUAUUCCCCCACCAUCUUACCAUCAGAUUCGUACGAAUCUUUUCAAGGACCGGUUAGUAGAAAUGAAGAAAUUUGUUGAUACAUUUAGGGAACAUUGGAAGAGGUUUGGAUGUUCUAUCAUGUCUGAUGGCUGGACAGAUGGGAAAAAGCGACAUCUUAUUAACUUUUUGGUGAAUUGUCCGAAAGGGACAGUUUUUUUGAAGUCUGUGGAUGCGUCAAACAGAACCAAUGAUGCUGAUUUUAUACGUGGGCUUGUAAAGGAGUUGAUGCUAGAAGAACUUGGUGGCAAGCUUCCACGAAUCAAGACAGCCGUCAUUCUAGGUAAGAGACUCGUUACAUAUAUUUAUGCUCAUUUUCAAGUAUUAAGCUUAAUGAGGGAGAUGAUCGGUGGUGAAUUACAUAGGUCUACAAAGACUAGAUUUGCAACUCAGUACUACACACUAGAAAGUCUUACAAAGUAUAAAACCCAUUUGCAAAUAAUGUUUGUGAAUGAUAAGUGGUUGAAAAUGAGGUUUGCAAAAGAAACUAUGGGAAUUAAUGUACUUAAAAUUGUCACAAGCGGUACAUUUUGGGAAGAUGUUGAUUAUUCUUGUAGAGUGCUAAAGCCUUUGGUUAAGGUUGUAAGGUUAGUGGAUAUCGAGCGCAAACCUACAAUGCCUUGUUUUUAUGAAGCAAUGAGGAUAGCAAGGGAGAAACUCGAGGAGAAUUUCAGUCAAGAUGAUAGUACUUGGGCUGUAAUUAAGGCUAUCUUUGAUAAAAGAUGGAAGAAUAACUUCAAUCAUGCUCUACAUUGUGCUGCAUAUUAUUUAAAUCCUUCCAUAUUCUACAAAGUCCCUGCUCAUCUAAUGGAUAAUGAUCUUAAGUACAUAGAAAUCAAAAGGGGACUUCAUACAGCAAUGCAAAGGCUUAUUCCCAAUGAAGAAGAUCUUGAGAAAGCUACAACUGAAUUGAGAGACUACAGUGAUGCUAACGGGAUCUUGGGAACUCCGGUUUGCAAAAAAAGAAGAUAUAAAGAUCAACCUCAUGAUUGGUGGAUUACAUAUGGAGGAAUCGAUACCCCAAACCUACAAAAAUUUGCAAUAAGGGUAUUGAGUCUUACUUGUUCUGCUUCCCCGUGUGAGCGAAACUGGAGCACAUUUUAG